AAAAACACUAAAAAAUUAAAAAUAAAAUAAAUAAGCGCGUUUGCACGCAAGCGAAAAGCUAUAACAACACAACUUGGAGAAGGACUCUGUUUUUGGCGUCUUCUUCUUCAUUCUUCUUCUUUCUUUUUCGAUUGUAAUUUCAAUUUCUUCUUCUCGAAGCUUCUUCUUUUUCACUUCAUCGAUUCCGAUCGUUCCAAUUUCACUAUGGCUACGAUCGGACACACUAACCUCAACGCUAAAUUGGUUUUGCUUGGAGAUAUGGGUGCUGGAAAAUCUAGCCUUGUUUUGCGAUUUGUCAAGGGUCAAUUCCUUGAAUUUCAGGAAUCAACAAUAGGGGCGGCAUUUUUCUCCCAGACAUUGGCAGUAAAUGAUGCAACAGUGAAAUUUGAGAUUUGGGACACAGCAGGACAAGAGAGAUACCAUAGCUUGGCUCCCAUGUACUAUAGAGGCGCUGCUGCUGCUAUCAUUGUCUAUGACAUUACUAACUUGGAUUCAUUUACUCGAGCAAAGAAAUGGGUCCAAGAGCUUCAGAAGCAAGGGAAUCCUAACAUGGUCGUGGCUUUUGCUGGUAACAAAGCUGACUUGGAAGAAAAGAGGAAAGUGACAGCUGAAGAAGCACGUGUGUAUGCUGAAGAAAACGCUUUGUUUUUCAUAGAGACCUCUGCUAAAACCGCGGCCAAUGUUAAUGAUAUAUUUUAUGAAAUAGCAAAGAGGUUACCAAGGGCACAGCCAGCACAAAACCCGCCAGGGAUGGUUCUUGUUGAUAGACCCACCGAAGGAUCCAGAGCUGCAUCAUGUUGUUCAUAAUUAUUUAUUUUGCAUGAUCCAACUUAGUUAAACUCGUUUUAUGUGUUUUUGUGUAUACUAAACGCACUUUGAAUCUUCGGUUAUGUGAAGCUCCAACAAGUUUAUGGGCUGCAAAUUACAUAAUGUAACUUGUUGGUUUGAAUUAUAUAUCCUUUGGAUGUUGAAUUUUAUCUGUUGAUUUGAUCUGGUUUGUAUAUAGAGUGAAAUGCUUGAAACUUGACAGUCAAGCUGAUUGAUUAAUUUUUCGAACAUUCA